AGAAGAUGAUAUUUCUGUUAUGAGAAUAGGUAAAUGGGGAUCAAAGCUACAUCCAAACCACUCUUCUGCCACUCAAAACUUCUCUGCAUUUCUCUUCUCUACCUCUUCACCUCUCUCUUCUUAGCUCUUUACACUUCCUUCAUUUCUCCAACAAAUUGUCUCUUCAGAUAUUCUCCAAAUGAUCCAAUUCAGACCCCUCUUUUCCUUUACAAUUCUUCUUAUGGUGAACAUAAACAUGCUCUCCCCACUUUUCGUUCUUCUUGCAAUUCCCCUGUUUAUUUCUCAGAUUAUUGGGCUGCUUUAAAGGAAAUCAAUGAAUUUAGUGAAAAUUCUACAUUUCUUGGUUCACAAAACUUGAGGUAUAUUCAGGGGAAUGCUGACAGUUUUGGUGGGAAUUUUAGUAUCAAGAAAAGGUUUUCUUAUUUUGAUCAUUCUGAUGAUGGAAUUGAAAUACCUUGUGGAUUCUUUAAACAGUUCCCUAUCAGUAAUUCUGAUAGGAUGGCCAUGGAAAAGUGCAAGGGAGUAGUGGUUAUUUCAGCAAUAUUCAAUGACCAUGACAAAAUCAGGCAGCCAAAAGGACUAGGCAAAGAAACUCCCUACACUAUAUGCUUUUACAUGUUUGUAGAUGAUGUGACACUCAAGGGACUUCAAUAUCACAACUUAAUUUCAACAAAUUCAGAUGAGAAUUCAGUUGGAGUAUGGAGAAUUGUUAAAGUUGAAAAAGAACAUUUGUAUGAGAAUUCAGCAAUGAAUGGAGUAAUUCCCAAAUAUUUGGUUCAUAGGCUUUUCCCAAACUCUAAAUAUAGCAUUUGGAUAGAUGCCAAAAUGCAGCUAGUUGUUGAUCCAUUCUUGUUGAUUCACUCACUUGUUAUUAAGGAAAAUGUUGAUAUGGCUAUUUCUAGACAUCCCUUUUUUGUUCACACAAUGGAGGAAGCCAUGGCUACUGCUAGAUGGAAGAAAUGGUGGGAUGUUGAUGGAUUGAAGACACAAAUGGAAAUAUAUUGUGAAAAUGGUUUGCAACCAUGGACUCCUCAAAAGUCUUACCCUUCAGAUGUACCAGAUAGUGCAAUAAUAUUGAGGAAACAUAGUGUGGCAACCAAUUUAUUCUCUUGCCUCUUAUUUAAUGAACUUGAAGGAUUUAACCCAAGGGACCAAUUACCCUUUGCAUAUGUGAGGGAUUUGAUGAAACCAAAGUUGAAGUUGAACAUGUUUGAUGUUGAAGUAUUUGAACAGGUGGCAGUUGAGUAUAGGCACAACCUUAAAAAUGGUGGGGUCAUCAAUGGUCCAAAAGUGAUACCCACAAAGACAAAGAGAGCAAGUUCAGAAUUACUUGUGAAUGAGACUGGUAGGAGCAAGUGUGAUAGUUACAUUUUGAAAAUGUGGGGUGAAUCCCAAGAUUGAUUUCAUGUCAUUUUUUAAGGGUUUAACAUCUAUAUGUAAGAGUUUUACACUAUUAAGUAAUAUAAAAAUAGUUACAUGUAAUUAUUUAUAAUAUAAUCAAGAUUGGUAAGA